ACACAAUUGUAAUUUAUAUAUAUAUUUUUUUACCCAAAAUUGAUUUUAAACUGACGAGCUUUACAUGUGCACGUCAAGUGUUGUGAUGGUGAACGAAGUUGUACCAUCGAGUCGUGGAGGGAUAGAUAUUUAACACUGCAAUUUCAUUUCAUGUUCCACAACUAUUGGUGCUUCACUUCAGAAAUAUAAGUUCUACUAUUGGUGCUUCAACACUCUGUACAAUCCAAUUGCUAGAAUUUUUAGGGUUUCAAUAAUGGAGAAACAGGAAGAACAGGAAGAAGUUAAUUCACAUCCGUCGAGCUCCAAUCCAACUGCUAAUGUUGUGGAAAAUUGGGGGAAUUAUAGGGACGAUGGCAUCACAUGCCAACAUUCUGCUCUUCUUGCAGAACUUGCCGACAUAUCUCCUUUUGUUGCAGACAAGGAGCCUCUCUCUGCUUUAGCUGCAGAAUACCAAUCAGGGAGUUCUAUCUUGCUUGACAAGAUAAAGCUUCUUGAAGAAAAAUACUCUGCAAUAAGGCGAACUCGAGGCGAUGGAAAUUGUUUUUUCAGAAGUUUUAUGUUCUCAUAUUUGGAGCAUAUCCUAGAAACUAAAGAUGAGGUUGAGGUAGAUCGUAUCAAGGCUAAUGUUGAAGAAUGUCGGAAGACACUCCAGAAUCUUGGCUAUGCAGAUUUCACAUUUGAAGAUUUUUUUGCGUUAUUUCUUGAGCAGCUGGAAAGCGUUGUUCAAGGGACGGAUGCUUCAAUUAGUCAUGACGAGCUUGUCAAGAGGUGCCAGGAUCAAUCCAUAUCUGAUUAUGUUGUAAUGUUUUUUAGAUUUGUCACUUCUGGGGAGAUACGAAAGCGUUCAGAGUUCUUUGAACCGUUCAUACUGGGAUUGACAAAUGCCACGGUGGAUAAGUUUUGCAAAACAUCGGUGGAGCCAAUGGGUGAAGAAAGUGAUCACGUCCACAUUAUUGCUUUAUCAGAUGCAUUAGGUGUGCCAGUUCGGGUUGUAUACCUGGACCGUAGCUCUUGUGAAAACGGUAGUGUUAACGUCAAUCAUCAUGAUUUCGUACCUUCUGCCCUGUCAAGUGUUGGUGGUGAUGGCUCGGAGAUCAACCCAUACAUAACCCUGCUUUAUCGUCCAGGCCACUACGACAUUCUUUACCCUAUGUAAUGCUGCAUUGCAUUUCUGUAAAUGCUGAUAAGAAGGGUGAUUAUCCGUGACAAGGAAUAGUUGCAGACGCAAUUCAGCAGGUGGGAGCUUUCAGUUAAGCAUUUUCUCAUUUUAAGUAAAGUUCAUUGUUCAAACAAAAGCCUCGAUGUUGCAUCUGAGGAAUUGUUGCGACUGUUCAAAAACAAUUUAUAGUUCCAGUCAUUUGCUUCACUUUAAAAAAUAUUGUACCCUCGUGAAAUAGAUCGAGAUUUUCCUCUACAUAAGGUGGUGACGAUUACCUAGGGAAGGCGGAUUUUGUAUAAAUGUCAUUUCCGAAUCCGAAUGGCAAUUGCUUUGUUCAUACCUAGUUGAAUGCUCCCUCAAUUGCUUUUUUCA